UUCCUCCUCUACUAUUCUCAAUGUCUCUCUCUCUGUCUCUCUCUCUCCUAUAAUAAACCCACCACCCGCGCGCCGCCCGGCGACCACCACCACCACCAUUAACGCUUAAACCACCCACCACCACCACCACCGAGCAAGCAAACACCAAAGGCAGGCAGGGCAAGAGGCGACCGAAUCCGAAGGAGCCAAUGGCGAAAUCCCUACUGGCGGCGUCCGCGCUGCUGCUGGCGCUGCUCCUGGCGGUGGCCGGGGGAGCGGCGGCGGCGGGGGAGGUGCCGCUCGCCUGGGAGCUCGGGGUCGGCGGCGGCGGCGGCGGCGGCGAGGAGGACAGCUUCGGGUUCUCCUCCGAGGAUGCGGCGGCCGACGGCGCCGCGGUGGUGAGGCGGGUGCUGCAGGGGCAGGGGUACAUCAGCUACGGCGCGCUGCGGCGCGACACCACGCCGUGCUCCGUCCGCGGCGCCUCCUACUACAACUGCCGCCCUGGCGGCCAGGCCAACCCCUACUCCCGCGGCUGCUCCGCCAUCACCCGCUGCCGCGGCUAACCCACCUCCGCCACCACCCGCUGCUCUGCUCAAACCGGGAUUAUUCAAAGUUCGUUUGCCUCGUCUUCUACUUUUUCUUUUUCUUUUUCCCCCCCUUUUCUUUCGUUUCCUUGUCGCUGUUUUAACCGUGAAAGAAUUGGUCUGGGUCGGUGCCCACGAAUCGAAUCGAGUGAGAACUGAGAAGAAGAUGUGUGCCCCCUGUAUAUUGCGAUUGGAUUCUUAUAUUAUUAUGAAUUAAGUCGUGUAUAAACUGAUGGAUUAGAUUUGUCAUUCGUUCAAGGAUGAUAUGCUACUACUACCUGUCUGUUCUUUUGA